AUGCGGCUGAUACGGGCUGUGGCAGCCCUCAACAGCAACUGUGCUGUGGGCACCAGGCAAGGCGCUCGCUAUGCGGGCCUUGCCUACCGCGCCGCUCUCAGCACACCGUCGGCGCAACACUACAGCUUUCGGCUUAGUGGUCUCCGGCACUUUAGCAGGAGCCCAGUGUCCCGGGCCUCAACUGCCGCCGAGGCUGCGUUGAAGCAAGCCAAGGAGCUUGCCGCCGCGAACAUGACCCCAGAAGCCGCCGCAGCGCGCAUGACUCCCGAGGAGGCCAAGAGGUUGUCGAUGGUCCGGAAUAUUGGUAUCGCAGCACACAUCGACAGCGGCAAGACUACCGUGACCGAGCGCAUUCUCUUCUACACCGGCCGUGUCAAAGCAAUCCACGAGGUCCGGGGGCGAGACGGUGUCGGGGCCAAGAUGGACUCGAUGGAGCUGGAGCGGGAAAGAGGCAUCACCAUCCAGUCUGCCGCCACCUUCGCCGACUGGAAGAAGAUGGAGAACGGCAAGGAGGAGACAUACCACUUCAACCUGAUCGAUACCCCAGGGCACAUCGACUUCACGAUCGAGGUCGAGCGUGCCAUGAGAGUGCUGGACGGCGCUGUCAUGGUUCUCUGCGCUGUCAGCGGUGUGCAAAGUCAGACCAUCACAGUCGACCGGCAGAUGAAGCGGUACAACGUCCCGCGUAUCAGCUUCGUCAACAAGAUGGACCGCAUGGGUGCAAAUCCCUUCAGGGCUGUCGAGAUGAUUAACUCCAAGCUCAAGAUCGCCGCGGCGGCCGUCCAGAUCCCCAUCGGUUCUGAGAAGGAGUUUGAGGGUGUUGUCGACCUGAUCCACAUGAGGGCCAUCCGAAACGAGGGCCAGCGGGGUAUCAACGUCAAGGUCUCGAACCAGAUCCCGGAGGAUCUCAAGGAGUUGGCCCAGCAGAAGAGGCAGGAGCUUAUCGAGAAACUGGCUGAUGUUGACGACGAGAUUGCCGAGUUAUUCUUGGAGGAGAAGACACCUUCUCCCGAGCAGAUCAAGGCGGCCAUACGGAGGGCGACCAUUGGGCUCAAGUUCACCCCAGUGCUGAUGGGCUCUGCCCUUGCCGACAAGUCGAUCCAGCCCAUGCUCGACGCUGUGUGCGACUAUCUCCCGAACCCGAGCAACGUCGACAACACGGCUCUUGACCGCUCCAAGGGCGAGCAACCCGUGAAGCUUCUUCCGUACAACUCGCUACCGUUCGUCGGCCUCGCCUUCAAGCUUGAAGAGAACCCGUACGGCCAACUCACCUACAUGCGUGUCUACCAAGGCUCCCUGAAGAAGGGGCAGUACCUCUUCAACUCGCGCAACGAUAAGCGGGUCCGCAUCCCGCGUAUCGUACGCAUGCACUCGAACGAGAUGGAGGAUGUCAACGAGAUCGGUGCCGGCGAGAUCUGUGCUGUCUUUGGCGUCGAGUGUGCCUCUGGCGACACGUUCACCGACGGCCGCCUUCCCUACGGCAUGAGCUCCAUGUAUGUGCCGGAGGCAGUCAUGUCGCUCAGCAUCAAGCCCAAGCGCAGCAGCGACGCCGACGCCUUCAGCAAGGCCAUGAACCGCUUCAUGCGUGAAGACCCCACCUUCCGGCUCCACGUUGACGAGGAAUCCGAGGAGACCAUUAUCAGCGGUAUGGGCGAGCUCCACCUCGACAUCUACGUCGAGCGGCUACGCCGUGAGUACAAGGUCGAGUGCGAGACGGGCAAGCCGCGCGUCGCCUACCGCGAGACCAUCAGCAAACGUGCUGAUUUCGACUACCUCCUCAGGCGCCAGACAGGUGGUCCCGGAGACUAUGCCCGUGUGGUUGGUUGGAUCGAACCCAAUGCCGAGAGCGCCGAGAAGAACCACUUCGAGUCACGCGUGGUCGGCGGUAGCAUCCCCGACAAGUACAUCGCCGCCUGCGGCAAGGGCUUCGAGGAGGCCUGUCUCAAGGGCCCACUGCUCGGCCACAGGGUCAUUGGCGCAUCCCUGGUUGUCACCGAUGGUGCCACCCACGUUACCGACUCCAGCGACUACGCUUUCAACCUGGCCACGCAGAUGGCCUUCCGCAAGGCGUUCUUGGAGGCCGGUGGCACAGUGCUGGAGCCGCUCAUGAAGACCACUAUCACGGCGCCUGCCGAAUUCCAGGGCAAUAUCCUGAUGUUGAUGAACAAGCGCGGUUCCAUCGUCGACACCGAGGUUGGUGCCGACGAGUUCACCAUGAUUGCCGAGUGCAGUCUGAAUGCCAUGUUUGGCUUCAGCACGCACUUGCGUGCUGCCACGCAGGGCAAGGGCGAGUUCAGCAUAGAGUUCAGCCACUAUGCGCCUGCGCCACCACAUCUGCAGAAGGAACUCAUCGCGGCGUAUGAGAAAGAGUUGGACGCCAAGAGAACCAAGUAA